GCGUUAGUGGACCAUGAUUAAUUCAUGAGAUCCUUACCUUUUUUAUAUAUUAAGGUGUAUACUACCUAUAUUUGACCAUUGCUUUGUAUGAAGAGGGCAAGCAAAUAACACGAAAAACAAUUUCAUUCCCAACUGUUUAGUACGUUUCCAUUUUACAUGGCAUCAGAGCCAAACGUUCUCUGAGACCUGCGUUUUUUUUUCUUUUUUUUUCUGUGCGACGAAACAAAUGGGUGAGCCUAUCACCAAGACAACCGACGACGGAACUAAGAACGACAACAACAAUUCUGUUCCUAAGCAGUAUAGGCGCAGAAUAAAUGAUCUGGCAUCCUCGUUUUAUUUACCGACCAAUGACAUCCCAGGCGUGAAUAUCUGCGGCAUAACGCUCAAAGGGGACGUGAAUUACCAGGAAUGGUCAACCGCCAUGCGCAAUGCCUUCACAGCGAAAAGGAAGCUUCCUUUUCUUGACGGGACGAUUGAGAUACCAGAUGAUGAACACGGGUCGGAUGACUGGCCGUGUGUGAACUCCAUGUUGGUUGGAUGGUUGAUGACGUCCAUCGAUUCAUCUCUACGAACGACCAUUGCUUACAUGGACUCUGCUCAAGAUCUAUGGGAGGAUGUCAAACUCCGCUUCGAGGUGGCUGAUGGGGUACGUUUUCACAAACUGAAAGAAGCCAUUCAAUCAUGCCGACAAGGAGACCAAACGGUGACGGAAUAUUUUGGCCGCCUGAGAAUGCUUUGGGAUGACUUUGAUGGGUAUCGUACGAUACCCAAGUGUAAGUGUGGAGGAUGCAAAUGUGAUUUGGAGAAACAAUUUAUGGCGGCAGUGGAGAAAGAAAAGGUGCAUGAAUUCUUGAUGGGUUUGAACGGUGCUACGUUUGGCGGACUUAGGUCUAACAUUCUCAGCGAAUCCAAAUUGACAUCCCUCAGCCGAGUGUAUCAUAUGAUGAUACAAGAAGAGCGGCACAAGAAUGUGACGAGGAUGCAUGAUGCCAAAACCGAGGUUGCCGCCUUCGCCGUUCGGUUUGAUGACCGGAGGAAGCCCAACAAAGAAAAGAUGUUUUGUUCCUUUUCUAAAAAGGACGGACAUGAAAGAAAUAAUUGUUUUAAGCUAACCGGUGAGUAUCCCGAAUGGUGGUUCGCUAACAAAGAAGGAAAGGGACGUGGAAAGCCUCCUGGACAUGUGACUGGGCGUGACAAAAAUGGUGGUGUAAAGGAAGCACGUGUGCAUGGUGUUUUGCAUGAAGAAGUGUCGGCAGAAGAAAACAAAAAUGACAAACCGGAUUUUACUUCCCUGGCAGAACAAUGGGCAUCAUUCUUUUCAUUUAUGAACAAUUCCAAAAAGAUAGGUGACUCAGUUGAAAAACUAUCAGGUACAAAAAAAUAUGGACUCUUGGCUUCAUGAUACGGGAGCCUCCUAUCAUAUGAUUGGGGAUUAUUCGCUAUUAUUUAAUUUACAGAAAAUUUCUUCCUCUCCAGUUGCUCUACCAAAUGGGGAGAAAACCGAGGCCACACAUAUAGGACCACACUUUGUAGAUGCAGAUUGGAAUGGGUGAACGUCGGGGUGGGGUCUAUUAUUUAUGUGGAACUGGGAGUGCACGUGUUUCACAUGUGGGAAGCUUGGAUGGAAUUAAUUUGUGGCAUCAACGAUUGGGUCAUCCGUCCCUCAGAGUGGUUCGUUUGCUUCCAAUUCCGUUCAAGAAUUCUAGUUCUUUUAAUUAUAAGAAUAAGACUUGUGAUGUUUGCAUGAAAGCCAAACAAACAAGAUUCUCUUUCCUUGUUAGUUCAAACUGUGCUUUAAAUAAAUUUGAGUUGAUUCACUGUGAUGUUUGGGGACCCUAUCGUGAAUCUAGUACGUGUGGAUCACAUUAUUUUCUGACCAUUGUUGAUGAUUAUUCUCGGGCGGUUUGGG